AUCAAGGUACACAUUGCUAAAUAAGGAUGGGCAGGAAAAGGACAAGCAACGAGAUUAGUGAAGAACGAAGAUUACAGAAUAGAUUGUCACAACAAAGAUGGAGAGAGAAAAGAAAGCGGGAAGAUGAUAAAGACUCUGCAAAAUCAAGUGAAAGGGGAUCCCACCAAAUUAUAUCAAAUCCUUCUCAAUCGCCACAGACGUCCACACAUAAUCAUACAAGCGAAACCACUCAAACGCCAUCUUCUCAUCCAUCAUCUAUCUUUAGUCCAUAUGAACAAACACAAGGAUUAGGAGAAGUAAAUGCAAAAGAUGUGAUUGAUGCCCUUGCACUUCCAGAAAAUGAUCGUGAAUCGGAUGAUCAAUGGCAAGUGACAUCUGUACGAGAUAUAGAUCCGCAACAUUUAUCUGAAUCACAACUACUCUCUCUUGCAUAUUGUUCACCUUCGCUUUCUCAGACAUUUUCUUUGCAAAGUAUGCAUUUUGCCAAAGCAUUGAUCAAAAAUACAUUUCGAUUCGGAUUUGAUCUAAAGUUUAUGAGUAAAAGAAGUUCAAGAAGCUAUAUUGCUCAGGAUUGGUUAGCUUAUAAAGAUAAGCAAACGUCUUCAAACAGACGACAAGCGAGCGAUUUUGGGAACAAGGAAAGCGAUCAAAGCACAGAUUCCUCCAGCGAUACACAUUCAAGACCUUUACAAUGGGAUAAAAUACCAAACAAUAUGCGUCCAACUGAAGAUCAAUUAACAAUCCAACAUCAUCCAUACGUUGAUGUUACAUUCCCAUGGCCAUCGGUGCGAUCAAAGCUACUCAAGAUGCUUUAUACGGUGAUCGAUUAUGAUGACUUUUGUGAUGCAGUGUUCAAAGCAGGAUUACCGGGGGCAAAAGUGACUGAGCCAGCAUUUUAUAUUUGGGGCGAUGAUCCAAUGGAUCAAAGUGCAUGGGAAGUUGGUGAAAGUUUUGCAAAGAAGUAUUGGUUUUUGUUGGAUGAUGCAAUCCUUGCUAGAACGAAUUGGUGGAGACGAUUGAGAGGAUUAGAGCAAUUGCCAAACGGGAAGGGCUGAUGAUUCACUGUAGCAUGCUUUUGCAAUGUAUAAUAUGUUCCUGAUUCACUUCUCCACGGACAUCCACCUUCCAUUCUCGGCGGUGCCGAAUUUCUUAAGUCACGUCAAAGCAUAAACAAUGCAAAAGUGUCUCAUCUCACACCAAUUCGGAGCACGAGAGUGAUAUUGUUAUCAC